GCACUUUAUGCCUUUCGUGCCUGCAGUUUCGGAUUCUUGAUGCCUCAACUAGCACACUAACGCAGCAGUAAGAACCCUAUUCCAACAACUGUAACCAACUGCAUGUAACUUCUAAGGCUCCCGAACAUAUUGGACAAUGAAUAUUGAAACUUAAUUCAACUUCCGUAUCUAAAACCUCAACAGUUUGUAUUGUAAAGCGCAGAAGAUUACGUUAUAAAAUGGACGAUAAGAUACCGAGCUCGUCUUCCCGUGGCGGCGGCCUUCCUCCAAUGCCCACGCGCGGUGCUCGUGCUGCAGCACGUGGAGGUAGCCAACGUCGUACGCCUGCUAUCAUGACCUCAUCCAGCCCAGGCUUUCCAGGUCGUACCACUACAGCACUAGCCUCGUCACCAACCCCCAUACAUGCAGCAGCAGCGACAUCUUCACUACAAUCUACACCGACACUCCCCACAAACCCUACCAAGGAAGACGUCCAAGUUCCACCCCUCGAGGAGGUACGGCCAGAGAUCUUCCUCAAGCCUAAACGGGCCAAUGUUAUAAACCUCGUCAAGACGCGCACCAACCUCUCGUACCAAUGGAAACCAAAGAACGGCGAUCUUCCCGAAUUGUCUAAGCAAGAGAUGGCUCAGGCCAAAGAACGGUUGGAUUGGGAAUUGCGGAAGCAUGUAUUCGCCUUCCAGAGUCCAGCAUGCGCGGGCUGGAUAAUCAAGAAGACCUGCAAGAAUGUCGAUACAUCCUCUAGUGUCUUUAGGGCGCUUCGCGAAUAUAUAUAUUGCGACUACAGGAAUAUAAAGCAUGAGGUUCUAUUCGAACGGCUUUAUUCCCAUGUUGAUCAACUUAUCCGAGACUAUCCAGAAGAAACAGGGCGCAGCCAAGCGGACACAGUGAACGCCGAAGUUCUUCGCAUCUGGCUUGAAGGCCGCUUCGACACAAAUGUCUUCAAGAACAUGUGGGGCCGUACAAUGUACAAGGUUAUGGACGUCGAAUCCACGCUUAGUGACAAGAAGAGUUUGGUGUUCUAUUUCUUACAGCGUAUCUAUACUACUCUCACUCCACCUAUGAUCAUCCUAGUGAGAGGCGAGAGGGACAGGAAUCCUGGGUUAAGCUGGUUCCAUGUCACAGAGGCUACCAAGAAAAGAAUUCCCACUAGCUACGACAAAGAUGGGAAUCCCAAGUAUAACAAAUGGAAUGUGGACGAUACCGCCCGUAAAGGUCUACGAGAAGACUUCGAAUCCAUGCUCUUUUCUGAUAAGAGCAAAUUUGUCGAAUUGAACCAAUUCGACUGGCUGCCGCCAUGGAUUUAGACAAACGCGACAGUUCUAAGCCCCCUCCACCAAAGAAGGU